AUGUCUAGCAACGACCACAUUCCUAUCUUCUCGGACCAAGGGGUCAUCAGUAGCGAGUACCAUAAUUUGCCUAGAGGCGACGUGCUGGGUGACCGAGCUUCCGUUCACGCCGGUCUCUCCGCCUACGCGGAAGACCAGCAGGCGAGGGGCAGCCGGUGGUUCGGGCCAAAUGGCGUUUUUGGUCCAUCAAGAGCAUCGUCGCCGGUAGCACAGGAAGAGGAGGGCAAUGUUGCUGGUGGGUACCUGUCAUACGUUAACAACUUGAAUGUAAUCAAAGAAAGCAACAUUGACCGAUUCUAUAAUGCAGACAAUGGGGUCAACAAUAUAAUCACCCACAACAACAUCCACCAAGGCUUUGAGCCCGCCAGGGCUCCCACACCCGCAUGGCAGGCCAACCCGGGUUACCCGGCUAUCACGCCCAGAGUCAACGGGGUCAACGCCACUCCCCCACCAACGGCAAACGGCGACUUCGGCCCCAGCACCCUAGUCCCGUCCCGGAUGCAGCAGGUAGCCGAGGUCGAGCUGCUGAACGCCCCCCGGGCGCCGCGGCGGGACCUGCGGGAGGCCGGGGUGUCGGGCAACUACCGGGGGGACAUCAACAACCCGCGCAACCUGUCGGCCAACAUCGCCGAGGAGCAGAACUGCAGCUUCUGGCUCCGCCGCUUACCGGCCGACACCACCGUCACGACCCUGCUCGCCGCGGUGCGCGGCAUCGGGCGCGUCUACUGCACCGUCAUCGCGCCCGCCAGCCGCGCCCACGGCUGGCACACGGCCGCCGCCAAGCUGGUCUUCUUCGACCAGGCCGCCGCCCGCCGCUUCUGGGCCCUGUACGGCCGCCGCGCCGUCGGCCCCCAGGCCGUGCCCCUCGUCGUGGGCGGCCAGCACGUCCUGGUCGAGCGCAACCGCACCCGCGUCGCCGAGACCACCCUGCCGCGCGACACCUCCCGCGUGGUGCGCGUGACCGGCCCGGCUGCUGUGGUAAAUGUGGGCGCGCUCCUCGCCGAGUUUCAAGCCAAUUUUGUUUUCGAGAUGGACGAGGUCGCCAUCGGGACCGAAGACCGCGUCACCGCUGUUGGCUUGCAGACGUUUGUGGUGGUUGAGUUCCGCUUCGGGAGCUUCCGCUGCCAGGCGCAGAUCGCCUACCGGUUGUUGCAGGGGCGGCGGGGGCUGGAAGUCAGGUACGGGCGUGAUCCGUGUGACCUGUAG